AUGGAAGGAGAACCAGAAGCAUUAUCGGAUACAGCUACUAACUGCAAUCUAGCAUCCACAUCUGAAACUUUGUCAGAUAACAACCAAGCAAAACUGGAUUCUUUAGAAAAGAAAGCUGUUCAUUUAAGAUUAGUAUUGGAAAAAGAUUUUAAAGCAGCCGAUAUAAAAUGGAGUCUUUUUGUAGCUGCUGCGUUUAGCUUUCGGUACGAGAGUUGUCUAAGACCAUUUCCACCUGCAUUCAUGAAAAAUGGCGUAAAAGAUAUGGAUGAAUUACUAAGCGUCAUUACGGAUGUACCGGCUCUGGAUUUGGUAUUACAGCAACUAGAUAAUCUCGAUAAUUUGGGUAAUCUGAGCGACAUCAUAGAUCUGCUAUUUUAUGUUCUUGUUAGGUUAAAAGAACCAAGUUUGAAAACAGUGCUACCCGAAUCGCAUGAAGCCGUUUUAAUUAACGCACACUCUUUGAAGCCAGCACCGAAGCCACAGUUUAUGUUUCAAGUAGUAUAUUCGUCUAAAUCGAAUUCAGAAAUUAAAUGGAAGGAAUUAUCAAAAAAUCAUAAAGUCUUUUACGCAUAUCAUGGCAAUCGCUUGGAAAAUUUCUAUACAAUUCUGAAUUUUGGUAUCCAACAACACUUAAAUAAGACGACUUUACUGGGCAAUGGCGUAUAUCUGUCGCCAGAACUUAGCAUAAGCUUGCCCUAUAGUCACGGUGGGUUCGGAUGGGGUGCUAGCUGCAUUGGUGGGCAUUUAUCAUGCGUUGCUCUUUGUGAGGUUAUAGACGCCCCUGAUGGUAUUAACUAUCAAAAACCAGUAUCUCAUGAAGGUGAUGGAAUUUAUGAAGAGGAUAAUAGUAAGGGUAUUACAGACCAAACUUUGGACUCAAGAACCGCACAUUAUGUUGUUACAAACUGUGAUUUAGUUCGAGUACGAUAUUUACUUGUGUAUGCUAAACAGCCUGCGUCGCUACGGUUUCCUACAGUAAACUCCAACAGAAAUGCUGGCGGUCUUCGAGAAUGGCUUACGAGACACAAAUUGUUUUCUAUCCUUCUCGGUUAUGGUCUAAUGCUAGCGACGAUUGGGUUCGCGAACAAUCAGCCCGUUAAUUACUAUUACAAAAUUUUAUUAAAGAAAAUAGAUGUAGCACUCAGUAACGUUAAAGCGUGA